CCCACAAAUCUAAAAAAAAAAAGGAACAAAGAAGAACUACCAUUAUUAUUGUUGCAUAUCGAUUCUUGAAAAUCUCAGAUCCGAUUCUGUUAAGGUCGUAUGCGCAUCUAUCUUAGUCUGCUGUGCUGGAAAUGCCGUGGAUCUCUUCGUAGGAGCUAAGAUUUAUCACUUAUACGUACUUCUUCCUCCAGUUGUGUAGAAUUAUACAGUAGAAUCAACGAUGUAUAUGGCUUACGGAUGGCCACAGGUCAUCCCUCUCGAAUCAGGUCUGUGUCCUACUUCAGAGCGGAUCAUAUAUCUCAAGGUUAUUAAUCGCCUUUUGCUUGUCGUCGCUCCCUCACAUUUGGAGCUAUGGAGUUCUUAUCAGCACAGGGUGAGGCUAGGAAAGUAUAAAAGAGAUCCAGAUUCCAUACAGAGAGAGGGGGAGAAUCUGCAGGCUGUAUGGAGUCAUGAUGCUAAGCUGAUAGCUGUUAUUACCUCUUCUUUUUAUCUCCAUAUUUUCAAGGUUCAGUUCACAGAAAAAAGAAUACAUGUUGGAGGAAAACAGCCAUGUGGCCUGUUUCUGGCAAAUAUUACCCUACUUCUCAAUGAUCAGGUUCCAUUUGCCAACAAGGACCAAUCACUGAGCAAUAUCAUUUGUGAUAGCAAACACAUUCUUGUUGGGUUAUCAAAUGGGUCACUUUACAAUAUUUCAUGGAAAGGGGAGUUCCAUGGAGAUUUCCCAAUAGUUUUUCAAUGUAAUGGAAGUAAUGAAACUUCUAAGCCAUCACAUGCAUUACAGAAUGGUCUUGAUUCUGAAGUGGCUCAUCAACCUAGCACUCCCAAUCAUGAUUUACCCCAAUAUUCUGCUAUCGUUCAGCUAGAGUUUUCCCUGCCCCUGAGGCUACUCAUUGUGAUAUACUCUGAUGGACAAAUGCUGCUAUGUUCUGUGAGUAAAAAAGGUUUUAGGCAAGCAGAAUCGCUUAAAGCUGAAAAGAGGCUGGGUUCUGGAGAUUCUGUGUGUGCUUCCAUUGCUCCAGAGCAACAAAUGCUGGCUGUUGGCACCAGAAAAGGUGUCGUUGAGCUCUAUGAUCUUGCAGAAUCUGCCACACUUAUUCGAUCAGUUUCUUUGCAUGACUGGGGAUAUUCUGUGGAGGACACAGGAGUUGUCAGCUAUAUUGCAUGGACACCUGAUAAUGCUGCAUUCGCAGUUGGGUGGAAGUUAAGAGGACUUACAGUUUGGUCGGUUUCUGGAUGUCGCUUGAUGUCAACCAUUCGUCAAAUUGGUUUAAAUUCUAUAUCGUCUCCCAUGGUUAAGCCAAACCAAGAUCAAAAAUAUGAACCCAUGAUUGGUGGUACCUCUUUGAUGCAGUGGGAUGAAUAUGGUUAUAGGCUCUAUUCUGUUGAGGAACGAUCUUGUGAGCGGAUAAUUUCCUUUUCUUUUGGAAAAUGUUGCCUGAAUAGAGGCAUUUCAAGCAGAACCUUUACCCGCCAAGUUAUCUAUGGUGAAGAUCGUUUGCUCAUUGUGCAGUCUGAAGAUACUGAUGAACUCAAGUUCAUACACCUUAAUCUUCCUGUUUCUUAUAUCUCGCAAAAUUGGCCUGUUCUUCAUGUUGCUGCCAACAGUGACGGGAUGUACCUUGCUGUUGCUGGCCUUCAUGGGUUGAUAUUGUAUGACAUAAGAUCAAAAAGAUGGCGGGUAUUUGGCGAUGUCACCCAAGAACAAAAUAUCCAAUGUCAAGGCUUGUUAUGGAUGGGAAAAAUCAUUGUUGUUUGCAAUCUAAUCAGUUCUUCUAACACGUAUGAACUACUAUUUUACCCCAGAUACCAUCUUGAUCAAAGCUCACUUCUUUGUCGGAAACCAUUACUUGCAAAACCAAUGGUGAUGGAUGUCUAUCAAGAUUACUUACUUGUGACAUAUCGACCAUUUGAUGUCCAUAUAUUCCAUGUGAAAUUAUCAGGUGAAUUGACACCUUCUAGCAGGCCAAAUUUAGAGCUUUCUACAGUACGAGAGCUAUCAAUCAUGACCGCCAAGAGCCAUCCGGCAACAAUGCGUUUUAUUCCAGAUCAGCUGUCCAGGGAAGACGUUUCAACAAGAUGUAUAUCUUCAUCCAGUUUGCUAGUGAAAGAACCUGUGAGAUGUUUGAUAUUGAGGGCAAAUGGGGAACUUUCACUCCUUGAUUUGGAUGAUGGACGGGAGAGAGAGCUCACAGACUCUGUUGAAUUAUUUUGGGUGACCUGUGGUCAAUCUGAGGAGAAAACAAAUUUGAUUGAGGAUGUCUCAUGGCUUGAUUAUGGUCACAGAGGAAUGCAGGUUUGGUACCCAUCUCCAGGCAUUGCUUCUUUUAAGCAAGAAGACUUCUUGCAGUUGGAUCCGGAGUUGGAAUUUGAUCGUGAGGUAUAUCCUCUCGGUCUUCUCCCAAAUGCUGGGGUCGUUGUUGGUGUUUCCCAGAGAUUGUCAUUUUCAGCAUGCACAGAAUUCCCAUGUUUUGAACCUUCCCCUCAAGCUCAGACUAUAUUGCAUUGCUUGCUUCGACAUCUUCUUCAGAGGAACAAGAGUGAGGAAGCUUUGCGUUUGGCACAACUAUCGGCUGAGAAGCCUCAUUUUUCCCACUGUCUAGAAUGGCUUCUUUUUACAGUAUUUGAUGCUGAAAUCUCCAGGCAGAGUGCAAAUAAAAACCAGGUGUCAGUGUCAAAGGAUACUACCCCUUCUCUUUUGGUGAAGACGUGUGAUUUAAUUAGAAACUUUCCAGAGUAUUUUGAUGUAGUUGUCAGCGUUGCAAGAAAGACUGAUGGCCGGCAUUGGACAGAAUUGCUUUCUGCUGCUGGAAGAUCAACAGAAUUGUUUGAAGAAUGCUUCCAGCGCAGAUGGUAUAGGACAGCUGCUUCUUAUAUACUCGUUAUUGCGAAACUUGAAGGUUCAGCCGUGAGUCAAUACUGUGCUUUACGACUGUUACAGGCAACACUAGAUGAAUCUCUGUAUGAACUAGCUGGGGAACUGGUGAGGUUUCUACUUAGGUCUGGUAGGGAAUAUGAACCAGUGACAGAUGAGGAGAAACUAUCUCCCAGAUUUUUUGGGUACUUUUUUCCAUCAAAUAACAAGAGUCCAUCAUUUGAAUCGAAAAGCAGCCCGUCAUUCAAAGAACAGAAUCCACAUAUUACAUCUGUUAAGAACAUCUUAGAAAGUCAUGCUAGCUACUUAAUGUCAGGGAAAGAACUCUCUAAGCUUGUUGCUUUUGUUAAAGGCACACAGUUCGAUCUAGUGGAUUAUCUUCAAAGAGAGAGGUAUGGAAGUGCCCGCUUGGAGAAUUUUGCAUUGGGGCUUGAGUUAAUUAGUGAAAAGCUUCAAAUGGACACAUUGCAGAGUCGUCUGGAUGCAGAAUUCCUUUUAGCCCAAAUGUGCUCGGUUAAGUUCAAAGAAUGGAUAGUUGUUCUGGCCACCCUCUUAAGAAGAUCUGAGGUUCUGUUUGACUUAUUCCGACAUGAUAUGCGAUUGUGGAAAGCUUAUAGCCUCACUUUGCAGUCGCAUCCAGCAUUUGCUGGAUAUCAAGAUCUGCUGCAAGAUCUGGAAGAUGGGCUUGCACAAAAAGAAGAAGAUUCCAAGGACCAAACAAUUUAAGGAGUUGGCUGACAAAAUGGGAGACUAAUUCUGCAAUUCAAUUGUCUAUAGAAAUUAAAGCCGAGAAUGAACAUGGUUGUUCUCAUUCGGAGAAGGGUUUAGAAAAGCGGCAGAAGAAGAAACACUACUAGUGAGCAAUCAAAUGUAACUUUGUUUUUUGAAUAUAUGGUCUUAAUGUAGUUAUUUGUUGCAUCUACUACCAGUAGUUCCUUCCUUCCUUCCAUGAAGAGCUGAGUAUAAUUUGCACUGUUUUUUUCCUACAUGGUGUGAUUAGAAAAUAAAGCAUUGUGCUAUUUUCUAUCUAUUUCAAAAAGUUGUUGAUAGGACAUGGUUAACAUUCUAGCUUGAUAUAU